AUGGCUUCCAGCCAACCAACUCUCCUCGAGUACGCCAGAUUCUAUAAUAUCGCAGAGGAAUCGACUCGAUAUUGUCCAAGCAAUUAUGCAGACGACACAUGUGAGCCAACAAUCCCCACUCCCCCUGUUGAGGGUCUCAACCCCGAACACCCGGAAGAUCGUCUCAAAGAAAUCGACCGACGCUUCUGCGCCGAGCUCAUGAUGGAGAGGCUCCCAACUAAGCCCGAGGAUAUGGAGCUUCUGAGCGGAUGUCUCCAACUCCGGCCCUUCAACCGAAAUAUCUGGCGUGGGAUCUUGCCUGAAGUGACACCAUCUGAGCUUAAUUGCGAGCCUCUUCUCCUCACAACCCAGGAUGAGAGAAUGUUCGCUUCGUCUGAGUUUCAUACCAAUUUCGCGCAGAGUCCGACUCUAUCGUCGCCUAGCCCUUCGGUUCAUCUGCUUGUCCCUAGUGGUCCUGAUGUUCCCGCUGUCCCUAUUAACACGCGUGAUGUCUUCGAUCUCUACAAUUCGGCGAUGGCCUCCCAGUCAAACACCCUUGAAUGUUUCACUAUACCUGGUAAUGUGACUGCCGAGUCCUCCAAUAUGACCACGACAUCCCAUCUUGCAGGAGAUGCCUUGCCCCCCAUCGUGGGACCCUCGGGGACUGUGCAUCAAUUUGUCAGUAUUGAGUCUGACCCUGUUCCCUCUGUCUCGAGUCAGGGAAGUGGGGCUUACGCUCCAAGUGCAAUCAGCUCUGAGCACCCUACCGAAAGUGAAUUCAGUCCAUUUGUUUUUUAUAACACCACGUCCCCGCCUCCAUUAUCCGAUGUCAGUUUAUACAACAAAUCACAACCCACCUUCUCUAUUGUUUCUCCGAAUCUGACCAAAGAAAAAGGUUUCUCCGUUGGCGGAGUUGACAGCCAGAAAACGCAAGCAUACACAGAUUUGAAGGGAGAGAAAGGAACGAAGGCCCUUUUGGGGCCUGUGGCGGCGGAUGCAGGCAUGAAUUGUGAACAGAAGGGAAUUGUGCCUGGUUCUCUCAGUACGAUUUGUGAAGACACGCUUGCUGUGUCAAAUAGUGUCUGUUCGAGUUCCUCAAUAACUCGGUCAGCAAAUCAUCAGAACAUCACUCAGCUAGCACGAGCUCAGAAUGCAAACGAUAGCCAUGUUUCCUUCAAAACUUCUUCCGAGCAGAAUCCCAAUAUUAUGGCAACCCAUACUUCGUCCGUGGACAGGAGACACUCGUGCGCCGCUCAAGCGGAGCAGUUUCGCAUGAAACUGGGCUACAAGCCGCAAAAGGUCCCCUUCAAACCUCCAGGUGAUAAUUCUUCCAAGGAUUAUACAACCUCGGGAUCAUCCAAACCAGUGUUUGGUGGCCUCGGGUCUUUAUGUUUGUUCAUGCAAACAAGAGGUAGUGAUGGAGGAUAUGUUACCUCGUCGCAUGAUCCAUCUUCCCAUGAUCCAUCUUCCCUUUCCCUGUCAGGAUCCACAAGAAGUGGACAAGGCGAAUUCUCAAAUGCUUCACCGGGUGACCGCCCCCGAGACUAUGAUAAGGAUCCAUCGGAUGCUUACGGCUUACCCGGCCCUGCCAUCUCCAUGCAGGAAAUGGUGACACGAUCGGCAUUCAACCCGCCACCGAUGUUCUUCCUGUCUACUACCCUCCUAAGAACCCACCUGUCUGUUAUACGAGAUAUGGAGGGGUGGCCAGGCAAUCCACCCAAAUUGAUCUAUAGGGAGUAUGGGGACGAUCACUGUGAUGCAGAAGUCAUUCUGGCACCUGAUACUGGGCUUAUCCUGACGACCCUUCAUGAACUGACCCAGCGGUAUCUUCCAGGGCAUGGACCAAAGGAUGAAAGGCUCAAUGGAAUCCGGGGAAUUAACUCUCCACUCAGGGAAAAGAUUUUCCGCCUCAUGCAUCGCUAUGCGCUUUUGGUGGUUCUCAUCUGCGAACCUGACAACGCAGACGUCAGCAGCGGUGCGUUUUUCUCUUCGAUAAGGGACAUCGGGUCGCUUGCUGGAUUUUGUGACAGCCAGAAUGAAUUGUCUAAGACAUUACUGGUACCUAUCCCAAACCACUCGACAUCCAUUGUAUUGUGGUGUUUCGGUAUGGGAAGGCUUCGAUAUGAAUUGUUUCCUUCUGAAGUCAUAGGAAACAUCAUCGAAGGAGAGUCAGAAUAUGAAGUCGCUCUCCGCAACCUGGGGAUUAAUCCAUUCGCGGGGCGCCUCAUUUUAGACAACAUUCGUGUUAGUGGUUUCAACCAAUUUCCAGGCUUCGACCUAUAUCCACUCCCCCUGCCUUCUCAUGUUGCCAACGCGAGCACCGAUUCAAGGGCUUUCGAUGUCUUUAUAAGUAUGACUUCCUUGGAGCGGGAUAUGGAAUACGGUUCUUUUGUAGGCGACAGGGUGAUGAACAGGGUGUCGGAAGCUAUCAAAUCAAUGGCGUACAUGAACUCCAAUGAGACUGACAGUGAGGAUAUUCACAGCACUCAAAUCAGUCUUCAUUAG